AUGGAAGCUAAAAAAUUCAGUUGCAUAGAAGUGGAGUCUGAAUUCCCAUCAGAAGCUGAGAAGAGGUUACGGGAAAAUGGCAAGGUUACUAUUCAAGAAUUUAUGACUAAGUUCUCUGAUACAUUGAUAACUCCAAAAGCUGCUGAAGAGAAAAAUAAACUUUACGACAGCAACAUUCAUAAAAGUGAUGUUACAGCCAUUUCUGAUCUUCAUCAAAAUUUAAAUGCCAUAGGAAUCUUUCUGUCUGAUGACAAAAUACAGAAGGCUUUGGAUAAUACUAAUCCUAAUGAUGAAGUGGUGCAUUUUAAGGAUUUUAUCAGAGAAUUGACCAAUACUGAUGAAUUUAUUGAAUGCCAAAAAAUAGAAAAUGCAUGGAACAUUGUUAAUAGUGUCUCUGAUGGGAAAGUUGAAGUUAAAGACCUUUUAUCUACUUUGAAGAGCAUGGAGAAACCUUUAAAUGGAGAACAGCUUAAGGAGGUACUGAACUCUGCAACAGAUGAAAGAAAAAUGAUCUUAAAUGAAAUCGAUGUUUUCACUAAUUCAUCUAAACCAUCAACACCACUGAACAAUUUAUUUAAAGAGAUUACAACUCUUGAUAAUAUCAGAAAUGAUAAGAUGCCUACAAGUGAAUUGAAUUCCAAACUCUUGAGUGCUGGAAUUCCAUUAAGUGACAAGACAUUCCAGGAGAUCCUGAGACAAGCAUCUGUUGAUGAAAAUAGUGAAGUAAGUCUCAAACAAAUUUUAGAGAAUUUGAACAGAAGCAAGCCAGCUCCUGUAUUUGAAGAUAUACAAACUGCCUUCAAUACUAUCAACUUGAAGGACUGUGACAGAAUUCCAGUUAAUGACUUGAAAAAUGCUUUUGAUGACCUCAAUGUUUCUUUAAAGCCUGAAGAACAUCAGAUGUUAGAGAAAAUACUCGAUGUUGAUGAAAAUGGAGACGUUUCUCUAAGGACUGCCCUUUUAGCAUUGAAGAACAAUAAGCGUUUUCAAGAUUUUAAAGAGGUUAAUGAAGUUGCAAAGGCCUUAGACAAAGUCAGCAAUGAGAAAAUUGAUAUUGAUGAUGUAAAAUCUAUACUGAAAGGCCUAGGGAUUUAUCUUCCAGAGGAGGAACUACAGGAGGUACUUGGAUCCAUUUAUGUUGAUAAUGAGGGGAAAGUAGACUUAAAAGAUUUCCUGAGUAGGCUGAGGCAAACACCAUAUUUUACUAAAGGUUCAGAAAUAGAAGGCCCUUUGAAAGCUCUUGCCUCCAUAAGAAAAAAUGUGGUCAAUCCUGAUGACAUAGGCUCCAUUUUGAAAAAUAUGGGAGUUCCAUUACCCCAAGAUGUCAUUCAAAGAACACUGAAAAAUGUGGCUCUCAGGGAGGAUGGAACAGUAAAUUUGGAAGAGUUUAUGAGCAAUUUGGUCAAUUCAAGAUUUUCAUCUGUACCUGAAGGACAUAGGGUUGAUGACAGCAGCCUAACCACCUUUCUAGGAGACAUGAGGUUGGAGAUGUCAGCUGAUAAUAAAGCAGAGAAAAAGAAUGAGAUAAAAGAAAGGGCAUCAGUAGGAGAGAAUAUUGAUGUCAGUAAUGUGGAUGCUGUUCUAAACAUCAUGGAUAUAAAACUUACCGAAGAAGAACGACAGGAUCUACUAGAACACCUGUCAGCUACUGCUGAUGAAGAUAUGGAUAUGAAUACAUUGGUAGGGGUUGUGAAGAUGCUUAAAGAAAAAAUUGAGAUCUGUAAUCUGGACAACUUCCUGGAUGAUAUGGGGAUUGAGCUUACAUAUAAGGAGCAUAAAGACCUGGUAAAUAAUCUCCCAACCAGUGCUGAUGGGAAGAUAAAUCAGCUUAAAUUGAUGGAUACGAUGAAGACUGUUAAAGGAGGAAAAGUUGAUACUCAAAAGCUAAGUAAUACACUGGAAAAGAUGGGAGUAGAACUCACAAAUAAGGAAUUUCAGCAUCUACAAGAACAUUUACCUGUUGAUGCUAAUGGAAAGGUAGAUCUAAAUACACUUCUGGAUGAAGUUAAGGUUCUUAAAAAAAAUGCGGAGCAGAUUGAUAGCAAUAACCUUGACACCAUUCUGGAGAAAAUGGGAAUGAGUUUCUCUGACAAGGAAUAUGGAGAACGAUCACAUAAUCGGCUAGCUGAUGAGGAAGUUAAACUGAAUAAACUACUGACUGCUGCUAUACCUGGUACAGGAGAGACAGAAGAUAUUGGAAACUUGGGCAACAUACUAAGAAACAUGGGAAUCAAAGUCACCAAAGAAGAACUUGGAGAACUGAUGAGAAAUCUUCCAGUUGAUGCUAAUGGGAAGACCGAUUUGAAAUCAUUGACAGAUGUGGUACGAGCUGUUACAGGAAGAGAAGUUGACUUAAAUGACCUGGAAAAUGUCACGAAAAAUAUGAAGAUAGAACUCACAUCUAAGGAAAACUUGGAGCCACACAACUUACUUGAUGGUAUCACUGUGCCGUAA